AUGGAUAGCAUGAGUGAGGCAUUUGAUCAAAUGCAAAUGGUCAAGGAUGUUCUAGCCAACAGUGAUAAAGUUUCAGAGGUCCUACAAGAGUCUACUCAUCAGUUCAACCUGCUUACUUCACCCACCUUCCUACCAAAGGUCAAGGAUCAAGGGAAAUUCACUCUCCCUUGCACACUUGGGCAUCUUGAGAUUGACAAUGCCUUAGUGGAUUCUGGAGCAAGCAUCAAUCUGAUCUCUCUCUCCAUGGCAGAGAAGCUAGGCAUUGCUGGAGCCUUGCAGCGCCCUACUACUUCAAUCAUGUUUGGAGAUGCAACUUCUAAGUCUCCUCUUGGAGUGUUCAAGAACUAUCACUUGAAAAUUGGAGAAUGCAUCAUCCAAACUGAUCUCACUGUGAUGGAAAUGGAAGAAGAGAAGGAUUACCUCUGUUAUUGGGAACCCCUUUCCUUACCUAGAGGUUCAGACUUUUGUGCCACAAUUGACAGUACACCUCUCAGUUCUAAGAGUCAUGGAGCUACAAAGGUUGUGAAGGAAAGGGUUGACAAAGAACCAAGAGUUGGGAAGGAUAAGGAUGAGAGAGGACCAAGGAUUGAGAAGCCACGUCUUGAGAGGGCUAGAGUUGAGAAACCACGUUCUGAUAGGCCAAGAGCUGAGACUUGUUCAAGCCCCUUGUGUGCUUGA